CUCGGUGUGUGUGUGUGUGGCCUCUUAGCUAUGGAGAGAGGCGAUUCGGAGCAGCCCUGCAAGCGGCCCCGCUGCGAUGGCAGCCCCAGAACCCCACCCAGCACGUCUCCUGCGGGGACACCCAGCUCUCCGGAUCUCCACUCGGACCACCGGACCUGGGGCCCUGAGCAGGUGUGCUACUUCUUGCGGCGCGGUGGCUUCGGAGACGCGGGACUGCUGGGGAGCUUCCGAGAAAAUAAAAUCACUGGUUCAUUACUGCCCUUUCUUGAUGAGUCUCUUCUUGAAAAUCUUGGAGUAAGUUCCUUGGGAGAGAGAAAGAAGCUCAUUAGCUACAUCCAACGACUGAGUCAAUCUCCAGCUGAGCUAAUGAAGGUCAUUAAUGACCCCAUCCACGGCCACAUUGAGUUCCACCCUCUCCUUAUCCGAAUCAUUGACACACCUCAGUUUCAGCGGCUUCGAUACAUAAAACAGCUGGGAGGCGGUUACUAUGUUUUUCCAGGAGCUUCCCACAAUCGAUUUGAACAUAGUCUAGGGGUUGGGUACCUAGCAGGAUGUCUAGUUCGAAGUCUAUCUGAGAAGCAACCAGAGCUACAGAUAAGUGAGCGAGACAUGCUCUGUGUGCAGAUUGCGGGGCUCUGCCACGACCUCGGUCAUGGGCCAUUUUCUCAUAUGUUUGAUGGAAGAUUUAUCCCUCUUGCUCGCCCAGAGGUAAAAUGGACGCAUGAACAGGGCUCGGUGCAGAUGUUUGAGCAUCUUGUUAAUUCUAAUGGACUUAAAGCUGUCAUGGAACAGUAUGGCCUCAUCCCUGAAGAAGACAUUUGCUUUAUCAAGGAACAAAUUAUAGGACCUCCAGAAACACCUAUCAAAGAUUGUAUGUGGCCAUAUAAAGGACGUCCUAAGGAGAAAAGCUUCCUUUAUGAGAUAGUAGCUAAUAAAAGAAAUGGCAUCGAUGUGGAUAAAUGGGAUUACUUUGCCAGGGAUUGCCACCAUCUUGGAAUCCAAAACAAUUUUGAUUACAAGCGCUUUAUUAAGUUUGCCCGUGUCUGUGAAGUGGGUAAUAUGAAGCACAUUUGUACUAGAGAAAAGGAGGUUGGAAAUCUUUAUGACAUGUUCCACACGCGCAACUGUUUACAUCGCAGAGCUUAUCAACACAAAGUUGGCAACAUCAUUGAUACAAUGAUUACAGAUGCUUUCCUCAAAGCUGACCCCUACAUAGAGAUCAUAGGAAGUGAAGGAAGAAAGUUUCAUAUUUCAACAGCGAUCGAUGACAUGGAAGCCUUCACUAAGCUGACAGACAACAUUUUUCUGGAGAUUUUAUAUUCUACUGAUCCCAACUUGUGUGGAGCACGAGAGAUUUUAAGAAAUAUUGAAUGCCGUAAACUAUACAAGUAUGUGGGUGAGACCCAGCCAAAGGGACAAGACAGAAUUCAAAAGGAAGAAUAUGAGCUCCUUCCACAAGAGGUUGCUGAUGCCAAACCUAGUGAAGUUCCCCUGGAAGCUGAUCUGAAGGCUAAUGAUUUCAUAGUGGAUGUCAUCAACAUGAGUUAUGGGAUGAAAGACAAGAAUCCGAUCGAUCACGUCCACUUCUACUGUAAGGCUGACCUCAGCACGGCAAUCAUGAUUAGUAAAGAUCAGGUUUCACAGCUUCUGCCAGAGAAAUUUGCAGAGCAGCUGAUUCGAGUAUAUUGUAAGAAGUCAGAUGAAGAAAGUUUACAUGCUGCUAGACAACAUUUUGUUCAUUGGUGUGUAAUCAGAGACUUCACCAAACCACAGAGUGAGACUCAUGGGAAUGAAGAGGUAUGUCUGCCUUGAGUGCUGUAGCGUCUCAGGAAACUAAGCUGCUGGGAACUAGCUGCACAGGAACUGGAACUUGAAGAGGCUGGGGCAGAGAAAAGCUACUAAAGCAAGGGCUUGUGAUAACUGCAGGGUGCUGUGUCCUGCCGCCUUGGAAAAGCAGUCUGCUGGCUCUUUCCAUGAAGGCCCUUACCUGUCUAGGACUGUGGUUCUCUAAGUUGACCCAGGCACAGAGCGCAUAACUUGGGAGUUUCCCAAAAGUAUGUGUCUUUAGAAGCAGUUUUUCUGCAGAACACGGGUAUAUAUGCCCAAGACUUACUCCAAAAUAAAAUAAUGGAAACUGG